AUGCAGAUCUUCCGAUUCGUCAUUGUCGCCAUCGCUGCAUUCGCAAUGCAAGGCACGCAAGCUCUCUCCACGGGUACUGCCCCCGGUCUCGCUGCUGGCACCACGGGUGGAGGCAAUGCCAACCCCGUAUACCCCACCUCGCUUGCAGAGCUCAGGAACUACCUCAAGGACUCACAGCCACGGGUCAUCGUGCUCAAAACGACCUUCGACUUCCGUGGCACUGAAGGUACUACAACCGAGAAUGGUUGCCGUCCCAAGAGCAACCGCGAUUGCCUCGCCAAGAACAACGGAUACAAGGGCCAGGAUGUUAUCCUGCAAAGUGGUGGCAUGGCCAACACGGGCGGUUGUGUCGAGGGCACCUCCGUCAAGGUCACCUACGACCUUGCUGCUACCAAGAACCCGCUCGUGAUCACGAGCAACAAGACUCUCCGCGGUGUCGGAACUAGUGGUGUGAUCAAGGGCAAGGGCCUCUGGAUCCAGGGCGACAAUGUUAUCAUCCAGAACGUUCACAUCACGCAGCUGAACCCGCACCUUAUCUGGGGAGGUGAUGCCAUCUACAUCCAGGGUCUCAACAGCGGCAAGACGGCCAUGCAGCGCGUGUGGAUCGACCACGUCAAGAUCUCCAACAUCGGUCGCCAGAUGAUCGCCACCAAUACUGCCAGCGUCAAGAGCCUGACCAUCAGCAACUCCGAGUUCGACGGUAAAACGCAGUACUCAGCUACUUGUGAUGGCAACCACUACUGGACCUUCCUCUUCCUCGGCACACAGACGCAGGCCAGUCUUGUCAACAACUUCGUGCACCACACGUCGGGUCGCUCCCCCAAGGUCGGUGGCAACUCCGUCAUCCACGCUGCCAACAACUACUGGUACAGCAACUCGGGUUUCUCGUACGACGUCGUCGAGAACGGUAACGUGCUGCUGGAGGGCAACUACUUCGAGUCCACCGCUGUGCCGAACAAGCACGACGCCGAGACCGUCGGUGCUAUCAUCGUGCCGUCGUCGUCGACGCAGUCGACGUGCAAGUCGACACUGGGUCGCAACUGCGUCGAGAAUAAACUGGUGAAGUGUGGCACGCUGUCGGGCAACCGUGACUCGGCGGCACUAGCCAACUCCAAGAAGGUGGCUAGCUACUACCAGCCGACGUCGGCCCAGAAGCUCAGCACCAACAACCAGAACUACGGUGUGGGCAUCCUGUCCUCAAAGUAA